AUGAGUCCCUUUCGGAUCAUCUAUGGAAAGGCAUGCCACCUUUCGGUGGAGAUUGAGCACAAAGCCUAUUGGGCAGUAAAGCGGUGCAACAUGGAUUUGACCCAAGCCGGAGUAGCUAGAAAAUUGCAGCUAGAGGAGCUCGAGUGUUUGAGGAACGAAGCAUAUAAGAAUGCCCGGAUUUACAAGGAAAAGAAUAAAGCAUUCUAUGACCAUCACAUCCGGAAGAAGGACUUCCAAGAAGGUGAUGAGGUUCUCCUCUACAAUUCGAGGCUUUGUUUCAUGCCUGGCAAGCUCCGUUCUAGAUGGGAAGGACCUUUCAAGGUGAAGGAGAUAAAGUCCUAUGGAGUGGUGGAGUUGUUUGAUCCUAAAAGUGAAGCAAGGUGA